AUAUUGAUUUACAUAAACAUGCUCAUUGGUCUAAACAGUUUUUGCUGCGCACAUGCAGUAUAUGUCGUUUCAUAUGCGAUGGGUUUUAAAGGUGUAAAGGCUUGAUUUUGACGCUUUGUGAGUACGAUAGGUUAUAAUUUUGCCGCUAAGAUUGAUUUGUACUGCGUUUAUUAUUUAAAAUAGUUGUAAACUAUCAUAUACGAUCACAGGAAUUUCUUGCAAAUUGGUCAUGUUGUUCUAUUCCUUUUUCAAAUCCUUAAUCGGAAAGGACGUAGUGGUCGAAUUGAAAAAUGACCUCAGUAUUUGCGGGACAUUAUAUUCUGUCGACCAGUAUCUAAACAUAAAAUUGGCUGACAUUAGCGUAACGGAUUCGGAAAAGUAUCCACACAUGUUAUCAGUAAAGAAUUGCUUCAUUCGUGGAUCUGUGGUACGAUAUGUACAACUUCCAGUGGAUGAAGUAGACAUCCACCUCUUAACUGAAGCUGCGCGAAGAGAAGCGAUGAAUGCUCAAGCAAGAUAGUUUAUAAUUUUACUAAAUGUGUUGCUUAUAUUAAGAAUUCCUCUCUUUGAUUAUUAUAUACAUUUCGUAUUUAGUAUAGGAAUAAUAAUAUAUGAGGAGAGCAUUAUUUCA